ACCACAGAGUGAAGAGAGAGAAAGCACUGUGGCGUAGAGAGAGAAAAAACAACACCAGAGUGAAAGAAAGAAAGAAAGAGAAAGAGAGAGUUUAUUAUUUUUAUUUAAGAAAAAAACUUCGCUAUGGUUUCAGACGAAGAAAUAUCCGAAGCGGUUUCGUGGUUGUUCCGCGAAUCGAACCCUAGGAGCCGAAGCUUCACGACGCUGAAGGAGGUGGUGGAGGAGCUUCAGGCCAAGCUCGGCCACGACCUCACUCACAAGGUCGACUACAUCGCCGCGCAGAUCAACCUCCUCUUCGCCUCCCAGCCGCCGCCGCCGCACACUCCGCCGCUGCCGAAGGACCAUUUUGCCCUUCCGGAAAACCCUAAUUUCCGCCCUGCUCCUGUCAGUGCUGAGUUUCAGUCUCGGAGCUUCGCUUCCGAGGCUCCUCCCCCUGCUCCCGCUGCUGAAGGCAGCGUGGCUCCCAAGGAAAGUGCUGAAACUAAGGUGAAGAGAAGAGGUGGCCCUGGAGGUCUCAUCAAACUUUGUGGUGUUUCGCCUGAACUUCAGGUCAUUGUUGGCCAGCCGGUAUUGCCAAGGACACAGAUUGUGAAGCAACUGUGGGCUUACAUUAAGAAAAACAAUCUCCAAGACUCCAGCAACAAAAGGAAAAUAAUUUGUAAUGAUGAGCUGCGCGUGGUGUUUGAGACGGAUUGUACUGAUAUGUUUAAGAUGAACAAGUUGCUAGCUAAGCACAUUAUCCCCCUUGAACCAUCCAAACCGCGUGUUCCAAAGAAACAGAAGGUAGACGUGGAAUCGGGAACAAAAAGUGCUACACCUACUCCCUCUGUGAUAAUAUCUGAUGCACUUGCUAACUUUUUUGGCAUUACUGGAAGGGAGAUGCUACAGUCUGAGGUUUUGAGACGUAUCUGGGAGUACAUAAAAGUCAAUCAGCUAGAGGAUCCUGUGAAUCCUAUGGCAAUUGUAUGUGAUGCAAAACUUCAGGAGAUCUUUGGCUGUGAAAGCAUUUCGGCAUUGGGGAUACCUGAAGUUUUGGGCCGUCAUCAUAUUUUUAGGAGUUCAUGAUGCUGACAACAUUUCUAUGUGACAGAUUGCAUGGUGUUAAUUCCAGUAUAGCUCAAGCUGAUAUUGACCACAUGUUGAUAUGGUUAUGUAAUUUGACUGAUCAGAUUUGUGUUCUUAGUUCAUGUUUAUAAGUUAUUAGCAUAAUGAAGAUGUAAUAGGGACAACUAAACUAAUAGUUUGGGAGUGGCUAUGUGUUUCUAGGUCCUAAGGUUGUGUUGUUUGUCUAAACUUGGCACUUAGGUUAGAAUGACCUGUGGGUAUUCUGACACCUGCAAAAUGCUCUGACAAUAGGAAAGAAAAUGAUGUACAAGGUAUCUUCCUUCAAACAUGACUCAUGCCAUUUAUGUGUAGUUAAUGAAAUGCAGCUUUCCAGAUGUA